AGAAACUAAGUGCUACUGAUAAGGGCGAGCGAACCGAAAAGAAAUUUAAUACCAAGUGCUUCAUUGUUACGUUUAAUGGUGACGUUGACAAUUUGGUUCUUUGGAGGGCAAUUGAAAAAGUUGCCUUUUCUUUGCAAUUAUAUGAAAAAGAAAAUAAAAUAAAGCAAGUAAAAGCCAACAUGACGCAGCAAGGAGCUGUUUUUGACUCAAACUGUAUGACACUAACGCGUUUCGUCCUGAAAGAACAACGCAAAUUUAAACAUGCAACUGGCGAUCUCUCUCAAUUAUUAAAUUCUAUCCAAACUGCCAUUAAAGCUAUUGCUUCAGCCGUUCGCAAAGCCGGCAUAGCCAAAUUACAUGGUAUUGCUGGCGAUAUAAAUGUUCAGGGUGAAGAACAAAAAAAAUUGGAUGUCUUGUCGAAUGAAUUGUUUAUUAACAUGUUGAAGUCGUCGUAUACUACUUGCUUGUUGGUGUCGGAGGAAAAUGAAAAUGUUAUUGAAGUGGAAACAGAAAAGCAGGGUAAAUAUAUAGUGUGUUUCGAUCCUUUGGAUGGUUCUUCAAAUAUUGACUGCUUAGUAUCAAUUGGCUCUAUUUUUGCAAUUUACCGUAAACAAAGUGAGGGAACGCCUACGGUCAAUGACGCUUUGCAACCUGGCAAUCAAAUCGUAGCAGCUGGAUAUGCUUUGUAUGGUUCUGCUACAGCUGUUGUCUUAAGUUUGGGCUCCAGCGUAAACGGUUUUACUUACGAUCCGGCAAUUGGCGAAUUUAUUCUGACUGAACCCAAUAUGCGCGUCCCAGAGAAAGGAAAAAUUUAUUCCAUUAAUGAGGGUUAUGCUUCUGAAUGGGAUUCCGGGAUCUUUCAAUACGUCGCAGCAAAAAAAGAUCCUUCCUUGGGGAAACCGUACGGCGCGCGCUACGUAGGCUCCAUGGUGGCGGAUGUCCAUCGUACCAUAAAGUAUGGUGGCAUUUUUAUUUAUCCAGCCACCAAAUCAUCUCCAAAUGGUAAAUUGCGUUUGCUGUAUGAGUGUAACCCUAUGGCUUAUUUAAUGAUUCAAGCUGGUGGAUUGGCCAGCGAUGGCAAACGAUCAAUCUUAGACAUUAUUCCGCAGAAAAUUCACGAAAGAUCUCCAAUAUUUUUAGGCUCGACGCUAGAUGUGGAGGAAGCUCUAAGCUAUGUACAUAAAUCUUAACUUGUUUUGAACAUCAUUUUUAAUAUUCAAUAAAAUUUAUUCAAAACUAAACAAAACAUUUAAGACAAAA